AUGCAUGCGUGUGAUCUGCUGCUCUUUCAGCCAGCCUAUAACCUCGCUCAGCCGCCGCCGCCGCCGCCGCCGCACGGAGCACAGUCGUACGGAAACGCUGGUGUCGCCCCCACGCAGCAGCAGCCUCCGUACCAGCAUCACGCGGGAAACAGCGUGGCUCCAUCAGCUGCUGCCCCACAGCUUCCGCAUCCUGUUGCCACGGGUUACCCGGGGAUGCAGGCCGAGUUCGGCCGGCUGGGAAUAGAGGACAACGCGCGGCCGGUCAACCUCCUGCAGGAGAAAGUGAUUUUACCCACAAUACCGUUGGAGUCGCCGCGGGCGCAACUGCAACACGACUUCAAGCGAGUGAACUGCAAUCCAGAUAUAUUUCGCUGCACGGUGAACAGCAUACCGCAGACCCAGGCUCUGCUAUCCAAGUCCAAGCUGCCUCUAGGAAUACUAAUACACCCGUUCAAGGAUCUAACGGGGGCGCUUGAGAGCGACGGGGUGUUGGUGCCUCAGCCGGCGAUCCUGCAGCUGUCGUCUGCCAACAUCGAUCGUCACGGUGUGUAUGUGAUGGACGUGGGGGAGUGUCUGUACGUGUAUGUGGGACGCGCUGCCAGCGAUCAGCUCAUACAGGACGUGUUCGCACGCGAGUCCGUCGCAGCAAUGCCUGAGAUCAUGGUGGAGCUACCGGAGCUAGCAAAUCCAACAUCGGAACGACUGCGAAAUUUCAUAACGUAUCAGCAGUCGAUCCGACCGCACUGUGCCGCGCUCAUUGUUCUCAGGGAGGAUAGCAAGCUGAGAGGGUUGUGUGUGCAGCACCUGUACGAUGAUCGAUCAGACUCAACAAUGUCUUACUAUGAGUUCCUACAGCACAUACAGCAGCAGACGCAGCCAAAGAUGCCGGCACGCGGCGGCGGCAGCGGCGGCGGCGGCGAUGGCGGCUCGGUGGUCACUGCCGGGGGCGCCACUCACCGCGCGUCUAUCUCGUGCAUACAGGACGUAGCGAACCUUGGUCCGGCGAACGACUUCUACAAGAAGCUGUCGCUGGAAUGUUCCGGCCAGCAGGUGGCGGUAGAUCUAUUCCUCAUCAACGGACAGUACAGCGACAUCGCGACGCUAGGGGGCAUCUCCAAGUUCUCUAGCGGCUGCAUGCACUACUACCCCGGCUUCCACGUGACGCGAGCGCCGGCGCAGGCUGAGAGGCUGGAGAACGACCUGCGGCGCUACCUAACGAGGAAGAUGGGAUUCGAAGCUGUCAUGCGCAUACGAUGCACGCGAGGCAUGUCGAUCCACACCUUCCACGGUAACUUCUUCGUGCGAUCGACCGACCUUCUAUCGCUGCCUAACAUCAACCCGGAUGCUGGCUUCGCCGAUGCAGAUCAUACAUUGUCCAUCGAUGACGACCUCAAGGAUCACUCCGUCAUCUGCUUCCAGGCGGCGCUGCUCUACACGUCGAGUCGAGGGGAGCGGCGGAUCAGGGUGCACACGAUGUGUUUACCUACGACCAGCAGUCUAACGGACGUCUACGCCUCGGCCGACCAGCAAGCUAUCGUGGGCCUCGUCGCAAAGAUGGCGGUGGAUCGCUCGUUGACGGGCAGCCUUAAGGACAGUCGCGAGGCGUUCAUCAACGUUUGCACUGACGUCGUGUCAGCGUACGGACAGACGAUGUCGUCGUCGCAGCGAUACGGAACCGUCACGCUUCCAUACUCGCUCCGGCUCCUACCAUUGCUCAUCCUCGCUCUGCUGAAGAACCCUGCGUUCCGUCUCGGACAGUCGACGAAACUCGAUCACCGGGUGUUUGCAAUGAACGAGAUGAAGACGAAACCGCUGCGCUGGCUGAUGCUGAACAUCUAUCCUCGUCUGUACGCCGUACACAACCUCACGGAUGAGGUACUUAGGUAA